UUAUAGCGGGACUGCUAUAAGCGGGCAUUCUGGCACUGGGGGGAACUGACUUGGUGUCACUGACAUCCCCAGUGACACCAAUAUAGUGAUCAGUGCUAAUAAAAAGCACUGACACUGUACCAAUAGUAGUGGGCAGGAAGGGGUUAACAUGUGGGGCGAUCAAAGGGUUAACUGUGGGCUGUGUCACACUACUUUUUAUGGCUCUGCUAUGCAAAGGCAUACAAAGCAGUGUGCAGUAGCUGACAGGGGAGAGAUCUGCAUUGUUUACAUACAGGUCUCUCCCCCGUCGGAAAUACUCGGUGAUCACCAGGUGGGGAAUCACUGGCAGGGACCCGGU